AGCUCCCCGGCUGCUACAUUGGGGACGCGGGCAGUGGGAUGCUCUACAAGCGGGGACGGUUCCUGGGAGAGGGGGCCUUUGGGUGCUGCUACCAGGUGAUGGAGGUGGCCAGCGGCAGGGUCUAUGCGGCAAAAGUCAUCCCACGAGCCCGGCUGGCCACGGCAGGCGUCAGGGAGAGGGUGGAGCAGGAACGGGAGCUGCACGGCCGCCUGCGCCACCGGCACAUCGUCCGCCUCCACCGGCACUUCGCCGACCGCAGCCACGUCUACCUGCUGCUGGAGUACUGCAGCCGGAGGUCCCUCGCCGACAUCCUGCGGGCCCGGGGCAGGCUGACGGAGCCGGAGGUGCGGUACUACCUGCGGCAGAUCAUCGCGGGGCUGCGCUACCUCCACGGACAGGGCAUCGUCCACCGGGACCUCAAGCUGAGUAACUUCUUGGUGACGGAGGAGAUGCAGGUGAAGAUCGGGGACCUGGGGCUGGCGCGGCGGGAGGCACCGGCCGGCCGGCGCUGGGGUGCGCUCUGCGGGACGCCCAGUUACCUGGCGCCGGAGGUGCUGGACCGCAAGGGACACGGGGUGCCCUCGGAUGUCUGGGCGCUGGGCUGUGUCACGUACGCGGUGCUGACGGGCAGCCCCCCGUUUGAGGCGGCUCAGCGGCAGGAGCUGUACCGGCGCAUCCGGGCGGCGCGGUACCCGCCGUCCCCCCACCUUUCGCCCCGCGCCGGGGCCCUCAUCGCCCGGCUGCUGGCCCCCGAGCCCGCGGCACGGCCCAGCCUGCGGGACAUGCUGGACCACGGCUUCUUCACCCAGGGUUUCACGCCGGACAGGCUGCCGCCUCAUGCCUGCCGCUCGGUGCCCGUCUUCGUGGGACAGGACCCCCUGGGCAGGCUGCUGCGGGGGGCUGCCGUGGCGCUGGCGAGGGGGUGGCUGUGCCGGGAACGCCGGGACUCGCCCCCCCGCCACCCCGGAGGGCAGCCACCUCCCCCCCGCAGGACCCGAGCCACGCAAACAUCCGCUUAGGAAAACCUUUAUUAGUGCUAGGAACCGUCUAAAAUCCAAGUCAUGGAAACAAGCAGGGUGGGACGUGACCAUUACAAACGGCACACACACACACACACACACCAGUUUGCCCUUAAAAUGGUUAACAGAAUAAAAUUGAAAAAAACCAAAAAAACAAAAAAACAAAACCAAAACAAAACCCCAAACCUGAAAGGGACCUCUUUUCCCCACCAGCCUGGGACGGGAUGGGGAGGAGGAGCUGGGAGGGAGGAGGUGCAGCUCCAAGGAGCCCGGCGUGGCUCCUGGGGCUCACGCGUGCGCAGGGAAGGGCACCAGGUCCCCCCGCUCUGCCCGGCCCCGGCCGCCGGCAGCCCCUCUCCCCGCACCGCCGGGGUUACUGGAGGGAGGAGCAGAGGUAACAGUGGCCUGGGAAGGAGGGAGGAAAGCGCGUGGUUUCCCCGUUCAGCUUCAAGUUCUCUCCCUCGAGAGAAGAGGUCUGAAAGAAAACGCUGAAAGCUCAGUAAAACAUGACACUUAAAACACCCACAGCGUCAACUCGAGAGCACCUGGGACACUCGCCUAUGCCUAAAACAGAGGGUGGGGACAAAGACAAGAUGCUCAACGUGGCCCCAGCAAGCACCAAGGAGCCGCUUCGCUGCUCGCAGCCCUGUCCACAUGUCAGCACAAGAGGGGACCGGCUAGGGAGGGUGUCACCGGUGUCACCAGGGGGGGUCUGAGGGAGGGAGGUGACAACAACGACUUUGUCUGCACUGGGGGUGAGCUUUCUUCCAACACUCUCACCAGCAGCUACGGGGAAGGAAGCCGGAGCCGCGCCGGUGACGCAGCCCAGACGAGAGGAGAAGCAAAGGGAACAAACAACUGAGCCGGGGAGGGACGGCAGGUCCCAGGCCGGGGCCGGGAUGGGACACCAGAAAAUGAGAUCUGCCCUCCCUACCCCCUCACCACAAAUCCCCCCAGGCCGGCAGGAGCUCACAGCUCCCCUCCGAGGUUCAUCCUACCGUCCGCCUGCCCCGCACGCUCAGGGCUAAACCCCUUCCCCAGCCCACGCAUGAUUCCUACGUGAGCAAAACCAGCCUUUGCCCCUGGGGUCAGCGCUCCCUCCCUCCAGCCGCUCAGACCCACAGCGGUGCCGGGAGGCGAGCAGAGAGGGGCACGCCACGCCGGCACUGGUUUUAAGCCUUCUCAAGGACAGGACAACACUGGGGGGGACAAGUGGCACGGCCCUGCUGGCUCCCGAGGCUGGGCAAAGGGCUGGCUGCUGUCCCCCGGCUCGGUGCCGCACCCAGCACCCGGCCGCUCAAGGCCUGGCACAAAGCCCAUUUGAUAUUUUUAUCCCCGGCAUCCGUGUUUGAAGCUGUCUGCUUUUUUUUUUUUUGUCCUUUUUUUUUUUUUUUUUUUUUUUUUCCCCACAGCCUUCCCCUGUCCCACCCUGGCUUAGAGGUGACAGCAAUAGCAACACACCCUCCUGCUGCUACAACCCGAGCCCAGAAGGCAUCAGCUGCCCUGAGAUGGUCCCAAGCAUGGGCCACCUCUGCCCCCCUCCCAGGCGGGCUGCCCCAGCAGGAACAUCCAAGGGGCUCAGGGCAGGACGUUCCAGUAAACGCAGUGGAUUUUAAGCUCUGGGAUGUCCCCAUCUUUAUUCCACAGCUGCCAGCUGCCCAAAGACAGGGAGAGCACGACCCCCAGCACAGCUUCUCCGGCCAGCCGCUUGUUUCGUGCUCUGAACAGUAAGCCUGCCCCAGGGCACAAAACAAGGCGAGCCUGGUGGGAAGUCUUAUUUCU